AUGGAGGACUUAUUCAGCGCGCACGAGGGUUCGAAGGUCAUGCGUACCUUGUUGCUCAUGGGAACCGUUCUUGAGAUCAUGAAGUCUGCCUUCUCUGUGGGCCUGCGUGUGAGCGCUGGAAUCGUGGGAGGCCUGAUCUUCCACCCCAAUUCCAAGGCCAAGGGUUAUCCUCACGUGUCGAUGCUGUUUGCUGAGGCCAUCAUGAGCAGCUCGUUCACUUGGCUGACGUUCUUCCGUGACUUGAUUCUGGGUCUGGGCGUGUACAUGGCGACUAUCUAUGACAAGGAGCUCGAUAUUAUCGGUGGAAACUGGAGAUUGGUGGGUUAUGUGAGCUCUGUGAUGGGUGCUGUGACCUGUCUUCUGGAAUUGUUGAAGCUGCUGAACUACGACUUCUUCAACAACAAGUCGGACUUCACUUACUACGUGUUCCUGCUCUGCUACGCCGUCUGGCUGUUCCUGUUCGGACUGCACUGCAGAUCUCUGGUGUCUCCGGAGGAGGAGAGAGGAAUGCUGGAUGACGAUGCUUCGUCUGGAGCCGAUGUGAGCGACGACGAUAUGGACGCCGCGCCUGCUCGCCAGCCUGCCAUGCAGGAGGAGGAGGAAAGCGAGGAGGAGACGCCACCACAAGAAGGCUGUGUCUUCUGA